AUGUCCGCGUUACAAUUUGCAAAAGAUCAGCCUGAAGGCUUCUCUAACCGCAUCGAAAGAGUUGCCAUUGUCGGAGCUGGCGGCCGACAAGGCGCCCAGAUAACCGAGCAACUCCUCAAGACUGGAAAACACACCAUCACUGCACUUACCCGGAUCGGCAGUGUUUCCAAGCUUCCAGACAACAUCAAGACUAUCCCCAUCGAUUAUGAAGAUGAAGAAGCUAUCGCAUCAGCUCUGAAGGACCAACAACUCCUCAUUAUUACCCUCGCCGUCAAUGUCGACCCAGAAGUCCAUCACCGCAUCGUCCGUGCAGCUGGAAAAGCGGGCGUUCGCUAUAUCAUCCCCAACAUUUACGCAGCGAACGUGGUCAUUGAAAACCAAGGUUCCGUCGAUGACUUCUUCCCCGCUGCACCGCCAAUCAAUCUCCUCAAAGAAAUCGAGCGCGUUGGUGUCAGCUCUUGGAUCCUUCUCGUAGGAGGCGUCUGGUUUGACUAUAGCCUUCCCUCUGGAGAGUCUUUCAUGGGCUUUGAUAUCGAUAACCGCAAGGCUACGUUGUUCGAUGAUGGUGAAGCAAAGAUCAACACUAGCACGUUGGCUCAGUUCGGUCGUGCCGCUGCUGCCAUUGCCAGCCUUAAAGAGAUCCCGGACAAUGAAGCCGAUGAAUCCCUGAGUGUCGCUCAAUUUCGAAACAGACCUGUGUAUCUCUCAAGCUUUUAUGUGAGCCAGAAGGAUAUUCUGAAAAGUAUUCAGCGCGUCACGAGCACGACAGACGCGGACUGGGGGGUCAAGUAUGAGAGCAGCAGUGGUCGAAUUGAGAAUGGCAAGGCUUUAGGGAGGUCUGGUAACAUCAUGGGACUUGUGCAGGCUUAUUAUUCGUUCAUCUUCUCACCCGAGGGUCAGAAGCUAAAGACCCAAGACAGGUUGCACAAUGAGCUUCUGGGGCUGCCGGAGGAGGACUUGGAUGCAGUGGUCAAAGAUUGUGUUGAAAGGGCUGAGAACAAGUUCCGAGCACUGUGA